AUGUCGACGUCCGGGCACCAGCAGUUUCGCUACACACAGACGCCGUCAAAAGUACUGCACCUGCGGAAUCUUCCAUGGGAGUGCAACGAGGAGGAGCUCGUCGAGCUAUGCAAGCCCUUCGGCAAAAUCGUCAACACCAAGUGCAACGUUGGGGCUAACCGAAAUCAAGCGUUUGUCGAAUUUGUUGAUCUUAACCAGGCCAUUAACAUGGUUACCUAUUAUGCUUCAUCUCCAGAGCCUGCACAGAUUCGUGGAAAGACUGUGUACAUACAAUACUCAAACAGGCAUGAAAUAGUUAACAACAAGAGUCCUGGAGAUGUUCCAGGCAAUGUUUUACUUGUCACCAUCGAGGGUGUUGAAGCUGGCGAUGUCAGCAUUGAGGUCAUUCACCUGGUAUUCUCAGCAUUUGGUUUUGUUCACAAGAUUGCUACAUUUGAGAAGUCUGCCGGUUUUCAGGCUUUGAUUCAGUAUAGUGAUGUGCAGACUGCAUCCAUGGCAAAGGAUUCUCUAGAUGGUAGAAGCAUACCCAAAUACCUUCUUCCAAGUCAUGUAAACGAGUGUUACUUGCGCAUUGCCUACUCUGCCCACACAGAUUUGAAUAUUAAGUUUCAGUCACAUCGGAGCAGAGAUUAUACAAACCCUUAUCUUCCGGUUAAUACCACUGCAAUGGAGGGUUUCAUUCAGGCAUGUCCUGAUGGGAAAAAAAUGGAAUUAGAGAGUAAUGUGUUGCUUGCUUCAAUUGAGAAUAUGCAAUAUGCUGUCACAGUGGAUGUUCUUCACACGGUGUUUUCUGCAUUUGGAAGUGUUCAAAAGAUUGCAAUAUUUGAGAAGAAUGGUGGAACUCAGGCACUAAUUCAGUAUCCAGAUAUUUCAACAGCUGCCAUUGCUAAGGAAGCUCUCGAGGGACAUUGCAUAUAUGAUGGUGGCUAUUGUAAGCUUCAUCUAUCAUACUCUCGUCAUACUGAUCUCAAUGUCAAGGCUUACAGUGACAAGAGCCGAGAUUACACGGUCCCUUUAUCACUCCCCAUGCAACAAACUGCAGUGGCAGCUCCUGGAGUUGGCUAUGCUAAUGACACGUCUGCCCCAGCUGUGGGGCCCACUUUUAUGUCGGCUCCUAGCACGUUUUACGGUCAGGCGUACCCUUCAGCUGCAAAUCCCUCUUAUGCAGCUCCUCCUCGGCACUUGGGACCUCCACAUUAUGGCUCGUGA